GGGAGAAGGGACCUUCUGAUGUACCUAGGGAAGGUAGCAUCAACCAAGGCAGCAGGAGCAGAGAGCAACCACUGCUGUGUCUGGCAGCAGGGUUACACAGUAGUGAAAAAGACAUCUGGUGAGUGUGAGACACCCAGCAGCCAUCGCAUUGUGUCAGGAGGACUGAGCAAAACCCAGAGCCCCAUCUCUGUGCCUCCAACUCACUCACUGAUACAUGAGACAUAAUGACCAGAAGAUCCUGGAACUUACCAAUAAGAUCAUCCAGCUGCUGACUGGAGAGGUUCCUAUAAGGUGUCAGGAUGUCACUGUCUAUGUCUCCAUGCAGGAAGGGGAGUAUAUAGAGGAACACAGGAGUCUGUACAAGGACGUGAUGAUGGAGAAUCACCGGCCACUCACAUCACUGGAUGGGGCCAGUAACAGAUAUACCCCAGAGAGAUGUCCCCAUCCUCUGUAUUCCCAGGAUUGUACAGAGGAGAAUCACAUGAUCCCACAGGAGGAUCAGGUAGAACUUCUGUCUGAUAUUAAAACGGAAGACAUAGAAGGAGAAGAAGUGACUGAUAUAAAGGAAGAAGAUACAGAGGGAGAUGAAGAGAUGUAUGUGACUGAUAUAAAGGAAGAAGAUAUAAAGAGAGAAGAAGAGACGUAUGUGAGGGGUGAUCAGCAGUGUAAGGAAGAGGAGAUCCCUACAGAUAUCAGCACAGCAGAUGGACACACAAGCAGGAAUAUCUCAGAAGGACAUCUAAUGUUAUCCCGGGAUUGUGAAAUAAAAGAUAAUGACAGUAGACAGGAUUCUCCAGGGGCUAACCCCAUUACCCCAAUUAUACAUCCAGCUCUAUCAGUUGAUCCCCCUGAUCAUGGGAAAUGUUCUUCUGAUCACUGUAAUAUUGGUGCAUCUGUUACAGCUCUGACAGUAGAUACAGUGUUUCCCUGUUCUAUAGAUGACAAAUGUUUUACACAGAACCCAAAGCCUAUUACCCAUCAGACAGGUAAGGUAGGUGAGAAGCCAUUUCCAUGUUCUGAGUGUAGAAAAUGUUUUGCACACAAAUCAGAUCUUGUUAAUCAUCAGAGAAGUCACACAGGUGAGAAUCUUUUUUCUUGUUCUGAGUGUGGGAAAUGUUUUACACGGAAACCAGAUUUUAUUACACAUCAGCGAAGCCACACUGGUGAAAAGCCAUUUCCAUGUUCUGAGUGCGGGAAAUGUUUUGCACGGAAAUCGCAUCUUGUUUUACAUCAGAGAUGUCACACAGGUGAGAAGCCAAUUAUGUGUUCUGAGUGUGGGAAAUGUUUUACACAGAAAUCAAAUCUUGUUAUACAUCAGAGAAGUCACACAGGUGAGAAGCCAUUUUCUUGCUCUGAGUGUGAGAAAUGUUUUACCCAGAAAUCACAACUUGUUACACAUGAGAGAAGUCACACAGGUGAGAAGCCAUUUUCUUGCUCUGAGUGUGGGAAAUGUUGUUUAAGUAAAUCACAACUUGUUAUACAUCACAGAAGUCACACAGGUGAGAAUCUAUUUUCUUGCUCUGAGUGUGGAAAAUGUUUUACACGGAAACAAGAUUUUAUUACACAUCAGCGAAGCCACACUGGUGAAAAGCCAUUUCCAUGUUCUGAGUGCGGGAAAUGUUUUGCACAGAAAUCGCAUCUUGUUUUACAUCAGAGAAGUCACACAGGUGAGAAGCCAAUUCUGUGUUCUGAGUGUGGCAAAUGUUUUACACAGAAAUCAAAUCUUGUUAUACAUCAGAGAAUUCACACAGGUGAGAAGCCAUUUUCUUGCUCUGAGUGUGAGAAAUGUUUUACACAGAAAUCACAACUUGUUACACAUCAGCGAAGUCACACAGGUGAGAAGCCAUUUCCAUACUCUGAAAAAUAAAUCAGCUCUUGUUGCACACAAUAGACCUCACUCGGGUGAGAAACCAUUUUAAUCUUCUGGAGUAUACGUAUCAUUGCCAUGAGUUGUUCUUCAAGGUUCUUAUCCUAUCUCCUGUGUUUUUUGCUAUAUACAUGCUACUGCAGGGUAAAAUAAUCAGAUGUCAUGCCCUCAUCUACCACUGCUAUGCAGAUGACCUGUCUUUUGCUCCGGGUACUGAGAACCCAGUACAGAUCCUAAAUGGUUGUCUAGCUGAGCUCCAUGUGUGGGUGAUACCAGUCGGAUGUGACUCGGUCCUAGUGAAACCGGUCCUUAUGAUAGAAGCUUACCAACAAAGGGCAGGGCUACAGCUCAGCUUUGCAAACUAACCAGACACUUACACUUGGGGGUUCAGAGUUACAAAAUGCUGAUCAUGUGCGGAAUCUUGGUGUCCUGGAUGGUGGAGUGACACUUAGACAUCAGGUAUCUGCCAUAAUCAGAUCCUCAUCUGAGGAACAUAGCCAGACUCCAGCACUUAUUUCCCUCAGAAGAUCUACCUAUACUCAUACAUGCACUUGUAUCAUUACGCAGAGACUACUGCAAUGUCCUCUACCUGGGUCUCCCAGCAAAAGAAUUACGCUGCUUGUAGCUUAUACAGAAUGCAGCAGCUAGGCUGUUACCUAACUAGCCCGUUCCUGCCACAUAGCACCCAUUCUCCGCUCCCUUCACUGGCUGCCUGUAAGAUGGUGACUAUUACAUAAUCUGCUUACUGACUGUCCCAGCCCUACAUGACCAGGUCCAAGGAACCAGAAGCUGCUUCUGCCUCCUUACUGCCAUGCUUGCUUCCAUCUGCAGAUGAAGGACUGUUACCAGCAGUACCAAGAAUCCUUAAGCAGUGCUGAGGUGUCAGGGGGGAGACAGGGCAGGUGGCACUAUUGCUGUAGAGGGGGCUGCCGGAGGCACUGUCUGUGGGUAAUGUUAUCCCCAAGCAGUGCUGAGAUGUCAGGGGGGAGACAGGGUCGGUGGCACUAUUGCUGCAGAGGGGGCUGCCGGCUGCACUGUUUGUGGGUAAUAUCCCCAAGCAGCGCUGAGGUGGCAGAGGGGGAUAGGGUGGCUGGCAGUAGUGGGGGAAGAUGGGUGGCAGUAGUAGGAGGGAGACAGGGCAGGUGGCAGUAGUGGGAGGAGUCGGGACGGGUGGCAGUAGUGGGGAAAGAAAGGGUGGUGG